UUGUUCAUUCAGUGUUUGAGAUCUGCCACAGCAGCGUGAUCGGUUUGGACAGAACAACAUGCAGUCUACCGUCGUCGUUUGAUCGCACAACACAUCCAGGAUUGACAGGAGCGAGGCGCAGCACCAAUGGAAGCCGAUAUUAAUCAAAUGUUUACCGAGCACGACAUCGUUCCGGUGUUAAUCGAUCGUGCCCCACUCGUGUUCGCGAAGGUCGCCUACCGAUCCAAACGCUUGGUGGACGCAAGUAAGGAACUAACACCGACUGACGUGCGCAACGAACCCAAGGUCGAAUGGUGUGCCGAUCCAACCACUUUCUACACCCUGGUGAUGAUCGAUCCGGAUUCUCCCAGCCGAACAGAGCCACUGUACCGGGAAUUUGCUCACUGGUUGGUCGGAAACAUUCCCGGAAAGCAUGUGGAGCAGGGUGAAGUGAUGUUCGAGUAUAUGCCAGCGUUUCCCCGCUCGACAUCCGGUUACCAUCGGUACAUUUUCUUACUUUACCAGCAGCACUGCCGCUACAAUUACUCCGAGUUGCCGAGAGCUUCCCGAAAAAAUCGCACACCACGAGUACGUUUCUCGACGCGAGACUUCGCCCGCCGGUACAGUCUGGGUCAUCCGAUUGCGGGAAACUUUUUCGUGGCAAAGUUCGACGACUACGUUCCGGUCAUAUUGGCACAGUUUCCGACGACGAGUGAUUUUUAGGUGACUUGCUCAAAAACAAGCUGCUUGUAAUUGUAUACGGGGAUUGCGAUUGUGGCGUGCGCGAAGGUUAGGUUGAUAGCGACUAGUGACUAGUGAAAAAGUGUGUAAAAUGCAUGGAAUGUUUCCGUCAGCUGAUAAUGCUGUUUAGGUUCACUUCAGUGAUGACGAGAGCUUAUCGCGCAGUGCUUCAACUUUGCAAUGUAAGACAACAACAAACAUGAUAAAAAUUGUCAUGUCCCUUAACUACUCUGAGGGUUCACGUGUAGCAGGGAAUACAUUGUUUAGUCAAUACCGGUAUACAAACAGGCGCCAAUUAUCUGAUAAUCUCUGUUGGAAAUAAAAUGUUGAUAAUGGUUCGUUGGGAUGAUGGUCGACAUUGGGUAAGGCAGUACAGUACAGAGAAUACUCUGUCACGUAGUUGUGACACACUAGAAUGUAGUAAUUAUUAUGACUGAAAAGUUGCUACAAUCAGUUUCAGAAUAACAUUAAUAUUGAAGGACCAGGAUCAGAUUGAAAUAAGAUACUGUUACACGGUGUAUUUAUUACAACAAUUUUAUGCAAAAAAAUUCAGCAUCUCUGAAACUUCGGAAUAUGAAAGAAUGGGCUUUCCCCUUUCAUUUGAAACCAAAAUCAAAAUAAUCCGUCGGGGGGUCUAGAGCAACUUUUUUUUUUGAAGUUUUUUUCGUGAAAACAUAGAUUUUACAAUGGAACUAGUUCAUAUUUCUGCCCCCAGAUGGUGCUUUAUAAUUCGAACAACACUAAAAGUGAGAAAUUGAUAGAAAAUUCAAUUGUCUACAAGUUUGUCGACCACUAUAAAUUGAUCUGAAAUCAUCCGGAAAAGUUGUUUAAGAUUUUAACAAAGUUAUAUCUAAGAUAGUUUCACACGAGGCCUAGUGGUUUGGAAAUAUGUUUUCUCGCACUUAUUACAUUACAAAAAAAAAAUAAUUGGGUUUAGUGGCAUGAAAAUAUUAGACGGGAUUCAUUACGUUGACAAUUCUAAUUGAACUUCUGAAAAUAAGGAUGUUUGACAGAGUCAGAGAACUAUUUGUGCUUUUGGUUUGUAAUCCUUCCCGAUAGAUUCGAAGGGAUUACCAUUCAUCGGAAGGUAUUGCUUGGUUACAAGGGUUUGCUUACAUUUAUGUUUUAGAAAGGACCAUACGUCGUAUAACUUAGGUUAUGAUCGCUUAAGUCAGCUAUUAUAAUUCCGUUCAAGACGAAAUGUUGGGACACACCGUUUCUAAUUUAACGCAACCCACAGUAGUAACUGUCCAAAUUAGUGGUUAGCGUGAAACGAUUUAUUCAAGUUUUCUCCGAAAAGCAUAUUGUGGCAGUUGUAUUUUACGGCCAUUUCCUAUCAAUUAUGCGAGAUAUCGUUACCAAAUUGAUCCUAGAUUAUGCGAUAUGUAUUACUUUUGAAAACAAAAUAUGAUUUGAGUACAACAAUAACCUUAUAUACAUAGAAGUCCUCGAAUAUAUCCCAAAAAAAAAAAUCUUGAUCCAAAAACUCAAAGUUUUUUGUUCACUCUUUGUCACAUUGAGUUAAUUUUGAAAACGGAUAAUCAGCGUUUUUAACCAAGCGUUGCAAUGAAAUCCGCGAAAUAUUGCAAUGGUGCGAUAAAAGUUUCAUUGAGUUUGUUCAAAUAUAAAUGUUGAAGUUCAGGACAAGUCAAUUUUAUACGAAGAUGCUAACAGAGUAGGAGAUUCAUGUAAGAAUAGUUAUCAGCAGUGAUACCACAAGUACAGAUUUAUCUAGAAAGGUACAGAUUUUUUAAACAUUUUUGGUACAGAUUCUGUACGGUAAGGAUUACAGAUUUUUGUCAAAAAGUUUAGAUCGGUGCAGAAUUUUUUAUGUGACAGCAGCGUAAAAUAUUAAACACUGCAAACGCAUCAAAUAGUCGGCAAAUAUUGAGUUGGGCCGCCGACAAAGUGACAUCGAGAAGUUGAGCUGGAGCUGUCGCUGGACACUGGGAUGCGAGAAGUCGGGAAUCAAAUGAAGCUUCCCGCAGAUUAAAAGCAGACAAUUCACCAAGAUCUGCUCGGCCUUCAUUCAGACAUCAACCCUUUGAUUUGCUGCAAGCAGGUUUCUCGCGUAUCGAAUCUUAGUGUCAGUUUCAGCUCGCCGGCUCAAAUGAAAAAUAUGCACAUCAUAUGAUUUUUAAACAAUCUUGUUAUUGAUUUGGUACAGAAUUCGGUACAGAAUUUUCCACAUAAUGGUAGAGAUAGAAAAGAUUUUUGAACCUCCGGUACAGAUUUAAUUGUGGUAACACUGGUUAUCAGUCAUCCCUGAGAACAUUCGAAUAAAUGAAAAAGAAGGCAUACAUAAUUGAAAAAGCUGUUUCUGCGGGAGGAAUCACUUACCAUCAUGAAAAAGAAUAUUAAUAUCAUACUAGUUUGGUCAACACUUAUCUAAAACUUCUCAUCCCAAAAAUAUGAAUGGUGCCCUGUAUCAGGGAAUUAUAAUUUUCAGCUAAAAGAUGAGACUUUCCAAGCUCUCAAAUUCCGCUGAAUUCACUAUUGAACUAAACACAACUAUUUGGCAAAUAAAAAAAGUGCUUGUGAAUUGACAAACCACUAGGUCUUCUGUGAAACUAACUUGGACUUAGAAUUCGUUAAAAUAUUAAACUACUUUUCGGGAUAAUUUCAAAUCGGUUUUUAGUUGGUAACAAAGUUGUAGACAAUUAAAUAAUCUAUCAGAUUCUUACUUUUAGUGUUGUUCGAAUGUCUAAAGCACCAUCUGGGGGCAGAAAUAUGAACUUGUUCCAUUGUAAAAUCUAUGUUUUCACAAAAAAAACUUCCAAAAAAAAAGUUGCUCUAGACCCCCCGACGGAUUAUUUUGAUUUUGGUUUCAAAUGAAAGGGGAAAGCCCAUUCUUUCAUAUCCUAAAGUUUCAGGGAUGCUGAAUUUUUUUGCAUAAAGUUGUUAAAAAAAGACACCGUGGUUAGUUUUGGUUUCAGACUAUAAUAUUGAGUAAUUAAAAUAAUCGAACAGAAAAAUGUUUCGACUAUAGCUCAGAUAGGGAUUAAAUCUAUUGAUACGAACUUUGGAACACAAAUGCAUUUGAAAAUAUACAUUGUGAUAUAUAGCUUUUAAACUUUUCACAUCAAUUGUUUGAAAAUAUAAUUUGUAAUCAACACUCCAGAUAAAUUGAAACAGAAGUGAAAUCAAACAAUUAUACUGAAAAAACGUUUCGUAUGACAAGCAAUUUUCACAAUUUUACUGAUUUUUGUAAAGGACUAAGUACAGUUUUCGCGAAUCAUUCAAUAAUACAAUAAAUCUUUCAAAAUCUUUUAACAAAAAAAAUGCAGCUUAGUUGUGAACGGUAUCAAAUAAAAAGUUGACCGAUGGUUGCCAGAUCUACUUACCAUAAUCAAGCCAUCCUGGAACGUUUUACUCGAGUGAUCUUUAGUUCAGUUUCGGAUUCAUCUCGUCAGUAACUAGCAUCGACUUGGGGCUAAGUUAGACGACGUAUCUAAAGUAGUGCAAAUUUAAGUAUUACUUUAGAUACAUCGUUUAACUUGGUCCCAAGUUGGUGCUAGUUACUGAUGAGAUGAAUUUCAACAUGAUUCAUGUUUGGUGUUGUGCCCUUGAUGCCUAUGUUGCUUCAAUAUGGACCCAUAAAAGUAUGACCGGCAAUCUCUUUUCGUAAUUCUCAUUUUCUUUUUCAAUAAUCUUCAAAGUGUUUAACGAUUCUUCUGACACUAAAAAUCCUUCCUGAUCGGGAUUCGUCCAAACGAGGCCUGGCUUAGUAAACCAGCAUCAACACUCUCUAUUAUCUCAUAUUUAACAAAACUAUGACAGAUACCACAAUGAAUUUGGUUCUGGUUUGAACUACUGAUAUACUGAAAAUGUAGCCAUCAGAGCGGACAUUUAUAUUUCGUGAGUUUUAAUCUCUACUAUUCUAUUUGUUCAUUUUUCAAUCCGUUUUUACAUUACCAUUGCUUUAGUAAAACUGCUAUUGACGGCUUAACGUCGAAAUUAAUGGAAUCAUUGCAUUAAGCCAGCCUCGUGCUUGGCGAAUAUAGAUGGCGAUCAAAUAUCGACCCCAUAUUUUUGACAUAUCUUUCCUCCAAAAUUCCUACAUAGGUAGUUUCAUAAGAAUCUAUGAUGUAGCUUGAUGGGGGGGGGCAUAUCCCCAGUGUUUUUUGAAACUAGAAACCCCUCUGAAUUCACGUGGGCAACCGGCAAAAAACGAAAGGGAAGUUUGAUGCGUAAUAAAACAACUCCGCUUCACCGAAUUCAUCGGUCAAAAGUUGGAUAUAAGAGUGUGAAUUUCGUCGUACGACUCACGAAAUAACUAAUAAAUACGGCGAUAGCUUAGUCAUGGCACUAAGUUACUGUCGGAUUCUGAUGAGAUGACGUCGAAACACAAAUUUCAUAACUGAUUUAAUUAUAGGUUUAGUAUCCUGCGAUUACAAAAGUGGUUUCACCAAAUUUUUUCCUUAGUGGAGAGAAAUUGGGUUUCAGCAAAUUUUUUAUCCUUAUGGAGUAAUAUAGCAUAGUAUUAUCUGAUUCUAAAUGUGAAGCUACUAUGGUUUACUGACAAGCGCAAUUGCUCAAAUAAUAAAGGUUUGAAAAGAAGUGCAUAUUGGAGAGUUUGACGCCAAGCACUGCAAAAAGUAUCCAAUUGAUUGCAGAUCGCUACGAUAGCUAUACCGCGUUAACUAAAAGACUACUGGAUUAUGUAUCUUUGGAUCAUUUGACCUUCGGAUUUGGAUCUCUCGAAUUAUUGAGUCUUUGGAUUUUUACAAGUUUGGAUCUUACAAUUAUGGAUCAUUGGGUCAUUUGAUCUUUGGAUAUUUAGAUCCUUGGAUCGUUGAAUCUUUGGAUUAUAGGAUAUUGGAAUCAUUGGUUUAUCUCUUUACAGAUUUGUAUAUUUUGAUCUUCGAAUCGUUGAAUUUUUGGAUCUUUGGAUUUUAGGAUCAUAAGGAUCCAAUCCUAUGAUUAUUGAAUCAUUUAAUCGUCAUAUCUCAAGAAGUUUCGAUAUUUGGAUCGUUAGAUCUAUUAAUCUUUGAGUAUUCGAAUCUUUCUCCCUUGGGAUUUCUGAACACAUAGAUGUAGUUAUUUUGGUCUAGAGAUGUCUGGAUCAUUGGAGAUUUGAAUCGUCGGAUUGUUGGAUAUUUGGAUUUAUGGAUCAUUGGAUUUUUUAAUCUUUCGAUUUUUGGAUUAUUAAAUUUCGAAACCUUUGCAUCUCUAGAUCUUUGGAUAUUUGAAUCAUUGAACCUUUACAUAAUUGAACCUUGGGAUAUUUUGAGAUCCAUUGACCAAAAAACUCAAAGGUCUUUGGAUAUCUGGAUCUUUAGAUCUUUUGAAUCUUUGGAUAAUUUGAAUCUUAAGAGCUUCAGAUCUUUACAGAUUUGAAUCUUUGCAUUCUUAAAUCUUCGAAUUUUUGGAACUUUACAGAAUUUGUUCUUUCAAAUCUUUGGGAUAUUUUAAGCUUUGGAUACAGCUUUAAAUCGUCGAAUCUUAUUAUUAUUAUUGGAUUAAUGGAUCUUUAGAUCUUUUAAAUCUUUCUAUCUAUUGACUUUUUUGUUAUUUGGAUCUUUACAUCUUUAGAUCUUUGGAUCUUAGAAACCUUGAAUCUCUGGAUCUUUGAAUCUUUGGAUCCUUAGAUCAUUGGAUCUUUCUAUCUUUGAAUCGUUACUUUUACGCUGAUUUGUACUUUAAUAUCUUUGGUAUUUUGGAUUUUUUAUCUUUGGAUAUUCGGAUGGUAGGGUCGUUGAACGUUUGCAAUAACGAAUCUUUGAAUCUUUGGAUCAUUUUAGUCUUGUGAUUUUUGGAUGUUUAUAGAUUUGGAUCUUUGAAUUCUUGAUUUUUCGAUCGUUGUAUUUUCAAAUAUAUGUAUCUUUUGAUUCUUUGUUGAUUGGAUCGUUUGAUCGUUGUAUCUCUAGAUAUUCGAAUCUUUAAAUCGUUGCACGUCUGAAUCUUUAGAUCUAUGGAUAUUUGGUCUACGAAUCUUUGGAUCUAUGGAUUUUUGGUCUUAGGGUUUUCAGAUCCUUUGAUGUUCCGAUCGUUUGAAGUUUAUACCUCUGGAUUUUUGGUUAUUUAUAUCGCUAGAUCUACGGAUCGUUAUGCAUUCGAAUCUUUAAAUCUUUGGACCUUGGAAUCGUUGAAUCUACCGAUUUUUGGUCUAGGCACCUUUGACUAUUUCGAACUUGGAUUUUUGGAUCUUCCUAUUAUUGGAUUUAUGGAUCCUUCGAUCAUUGGAUUUUUUGAUCUAUAGAUCUUUGGCUCUAUGGGGAUGACGGCGCCGAUGGUUGAGUGGUAAGCGUGACCGCCGCUCAUUCCAGUUGGCAUGGGUUCAAUUCCAGUCGAGGUCGUUGAGAUUUUUCUGACGUGAAAAAAUCUGUGGCCACGUCUUCCUUCGAAAGGUAAGUAAAGUCGUUGGUCACCGGUACAUGAGUUGAUAGAUCGAUAUCUAGUCCAGAUAGUGGAUCUAACUCUCUGGGGUCGGUAAAGAAGUAAUAGAAUCCAACUUCUAUACUUACUAACAAAUAUCCUCCUCCGGUGAUACUUGUGGAGUGCGCAGUAGUAUAUACGGCCUCUAACAAAAGUAAGUAUCGGACUAUCCAACCUUCCCUUUCCUUCCGCGAUCUACGUUCGGGCCUGGCUGGCGUCGGUAAUAAUCAAUAAACGCUUUAGGAUUACCAGGAGUUGCACAUUGAAAGACAAUUCGCUACUCCCAAGCAUAAUUAUCUACUGAUUCCCUGUGCAACUUCAGCUAGUCCAGAUCCAUAACGGAGUAGCAGUCAGGGGUGGUCGCACAAGCUCAAGAUCAAGCUUCCGAUCAUUGGAUUUAUUUAUCUAUAGAUCUUUGGAUUUUUGGAUUAUUGAAUCGUUGGAUCUAUGGAUCUUUGGACCUUUGAAUUUCCAUAUUGUUGGAUCUAUGGAUCUUUGGAUUUUCAGAUCCAUUGAUGGUUCGGUCAUUUCAUCUUUGUAUCUCUGGAUUUCUGGAUAUUUGGAUCUCCAAAUCAAUGGAUCGUUGUGUAUUCGAAGCUUUAAAUCUUUGGACCUCGGGAUCAUUGGAUCUAUAGAUUUUUGGUCUGAGCAUCUUUGGAUAUUUCGAUCUUUGUUGAUUUGGAUCUGUGGAUGCUUACAUUUUUUAAUUCUUUGAUGAUUGGAUCAUUUGAUCUUUGUAUCUUUCGAUUUUUGGAUCUCUAGAUCUAUGGAUCCGCGGUGCCAACCGGAGUACGAGCCUCCUUACGUCGUUUUCGCUUGAACCCAGGGCUGGGUUGGGUCCUAGCACCAACUGCUGUCAGUUCAUACAUAUUGACAGCGGCUGGGGUUGGAGCCUGGUACAGUUUCGUUUCGAACGGAACCGGUAUUAGUGGGGACCGGUGCGAUCUGUGGCCGUAUACUGUUGAAAGUUGAAAAGCAGGCACCAUAAUUCUCACUCACUCAUUCGUUUAUGCGACAAGAGCAUUAUUCGAUAUCGGACUUUUCCAGGACAAUUUAAGUCUUACAAUUUUUUGUCGCCACAAAAAGCAUGAGAAUUAUUUUUUGAUCUUAUAGAACCGAUAAUUAUUUCUCUCGGCGAAAAACUUAACAUUUUUUGAUUUUCGUAAAAACAAAAAUAUUAAAAUAUUUACUAUUUUAGAAGGCAAAUCGUAAACAAAGUAGAUUAGACUUGUUUUGUCAUGUUCAUGAUGAGCUCCAGCAAGGCAGCGAUGACCAAAGGAAUACCGCAAUAAGUUCUAUGCGUCAUUUUACAUCAGAUUAUUAUCCGUAGUAAUUGUGCGUUUUAUCUAUCCAUCUUGUAUAAGUGAUCCAUGUGAUAAUGACAGUUUUUAUUCUCGAAGUGGUGAAUUAUACGGACUCCUGUUCUAAUAUGAGUAAUAAAAGUAAUACCUGCUGAACA